AAACGCCAGAAGAAAAUGGUGGAAUGAAGAGAGCUCAUUUCCCUAACCUGGGCGACUCAGUUUCCACUUUCAUUUUUCACCUGACUCGGAUUCCUUCCCUUUCCUCCCCUUCUCCGCUUGUCCCGUGUUCCACUCUCCUCCCUCAUUGCCUGCAUCGAACCAGCCUUUCUCCUCCCCACUACUGUACAGUACCAAGCCUUUUUCCUUCCGAAGGGACCACCCUCACAACAGAUUUCAGCAGGCCUUCCCUCCGUGCCCCGCACGCUAGAGGUAGCUCCUCCGCAGGUGCAGUACCCGCGUUUUUGUGGCUGUAAGGGAGGUCCUGUUCUGUCGCAUAACCCUCAACAGGCAGCCGUCUCGCUAGCGCCAGUCUACAGCUCCUAGUUCUUCACUCAUUUGUUCUUACCAGUUCCUAGUGGGGUUCAGGAACCAGGAUACCAGACGCUCGGCUCAGAAGACCUGCCAACUGGCCGUAACGGAAGUAUGUUAGCAUUGCUAGACCCUAGUUUUCACAAGUGGCCUCUGCCUCGCUAGUAGUGCUGGGGAAUAGGCGAGGGCCAUUAGGUUUUCCGUUGCUAGACGAUUACACUAUUUGCGAGAGCAGCAUCAUUUUUCCAAGAACGCUUCUCUGCGUACAUAUUAUUUAUAAGAUUAGCAAGAGACCAGCACGAGAGCACCAGAGCAGCACGAGAUCAGCACGCGAGCAGCACGAUGCAUAAGAAUCAGCUCCAGGAGCUCGCACAGCGCAGCGGCUACAACCUCCCGUCGUAUGCAUGCAUACGCGAGGGCCCGGACCACGCGCCCAAGUUCAAAGCCACCGCCACGUUCAACGGCGAAACCUUCGACAGCCCGGGCUACUUCUCGUCGCUCCGCCAGGCGGAGCACGCGGCGGCGGAGGUCGCGCUGCGCGUCAUGUCGGAGCGCAGCCCGUCGCAAUGCAUCGCGAAGAUCCUCGACGAAUCGGGGGUCUGCAAGAACCUGCUGCAGGAGACCGCGCAAAGAGCGGGCGUGCCGCUGCCGGGGUAUAACACGGUCAGAUCUGGCCCGGGCCAUCUGCCGGUGUUCACGUGUACGGUCGAGGUCGCCGGGCUUCAGUUCACCGGGGAACCUUCGCGGACGAAGAAGCAGGCCGAGAAGAACGCUGCUCUUGCCGCGUGGACUGCCCUAAAACGAUAUGCCGGUCGCAACUACACGGCUCCGAUCGAAGACCUCGACGUUACAGACGAGCAGGAGCAGACCGCUAUCGCGCGCGCUCUCUCUAACGCGUACAACGCCAACGCGAUCAAAUCCAGCCCCGCUGUGCUUGCGCCGGGUAUGGAUCUCGCCGCACUCGCCGGUUUCUACGUUCCGAACGGCUGCCCUGCGCCUAAGGGCAUGGCUUCCGCUCCGCUCUACGCGCGGAACCGGACUUCCGCCUGUCCUCUGCAGGGGGGCGCUCCGUUACAAGCCGGCGCUCCGCUAUACGUUCCGCGACAUGUUGGCGCGGGAAUGGCGGGGGUUCGAAUCCGGGAGGUGACGGUUCGCGAGAUGAGCGCUGAGCAGCAGCAUAUGCUUGUACCUGAGGACUCGGUAUUGAGUAACUCGAUGAUGAAUAACUACGGCGCGAUGAUGCUUUCGCAGCAGAUGGGGCAGUUUCCGCGCAUGACGCAAUCCAGCCCGAUGGUUGACCCCGCGCCAACCGCCGCUGGUGCCGCUGGUGCGCCCGCUUACGUCCGCCGAACCGCCCCCGCCGCCAGCGCUGGCGCCGCCGAUGCGGGAGGGGUCGGCGGGAUUGGCGCUGGCCGCUACGUAGGCGCGAGCGUGCCGAACUUUCCCACGCAGCAGCUUCUGUCGCAGACUAUUCCCAGCCAGCCCGGCUUGGGUUUGCCGCCGUCGGAUCAGCACGCGUUGCCGGCUGGAGUUACCGGCGCCGGUGGUCAGUCUCACCGGCCGUCAAGUUUAUCGUACAAGCCGGGCAUGGCUUACCAGCCGCGGACUCUUCGUCCUAUAGGCCAGGGGCUUUCUCCCGCUAAUAUCCUUCCCGAUAGUAUCACAGGUUCGGAUGGGGACGAUGGUAUGGAUGCGCUAGGGUUAGGGAUUUCGGUGGGGGGUGAGGGGGCGAGUUGGUCGCGCGCGCGGACGCUGGGCUCCCCGGCGGAUAUUUUGCGCAGCCCAGCUGUGGAGGUUCCUGGUUCGUCGAUGUGGACUCCGGAGAUUGCGGGCUCGUCGCGCUCCUCCCCCUUCUGGCCUACUUCCGUCGGCUCUGCCAGUUCCGCUUCCGCGAGUUCGCUUGCGCAGCUGGGCAGAUCCGCGUCUAGCACAAGCAUGCGCGGGGGGAUUUCCGGCCUUGGGGGAAUCAUGAGGGAGGAAGCGAGUUCGCUGGGCGGAGUUGGGGAAGUAGCUGCGCGCCAAUGCCGCGCUGAGCUCGAGGAGGAGGAUGUUUCUGCGGCGGAGGCGACAACCCGUCAGAUGCUGAGUCAUUUGUGCUUGUAACGAGGUUCCAAUCACGCGGCGAGCUGGCUGGGGUUUCUGCCAGGAUCCUGUACUCGAUAUGGGAUCGGUUGCAGAAGGUGUUGGCCAGCAACGCCAGGGGCGACGAACUUUUCUAAUCCUCUUUCUGUUUCUGGAUUUCGCUAGAGUACUGUAGUUCUCUUGGGCUGGUAAUGACUGUGUGCGUGCAAGUUAGGUUAGGUGGUGUUUCUACACCUCCUGUCAGGCUCACUCCGGGUCAGCCUUGCGUGGUACUGUGCGAUGAAUAUGUAUGGCGAAGUGGUUCACUGCGGUUCGGAUUGAUCGGUGCCAUGCAAGUCUGACAAGAGGCGAGUCUGACAGGUGGCUGUAGAAUUGAGUGCUUACAAGAUAAGCUGAUGCAACAUCGAAAAGUGGGAUUUAUUUUAUUUUCUAUCAAUCCUAUGGUAGACAGUGAAGUCCAUGCCUGUGCAUUUUAAGAUUCAAAAAGCAACU